GGGACUGAGGCAACGGCUAUCAAGCUAAGAUUAUGAGUGCCAACUGCAUACGAUGAAUAGAAGUAUAUUAUAAUACACCUGUUAUAACAAUACGGCAAGCGGAUUGAGAUGGAUUCAAAUACAUUGUACUAUUCAUUGGAUUUAGUGUCUGUAAAUGGAUUUACCUUGAAUAUAGAGCAGAGAGCAGCCCUUCAGACCUCUAUGGUCAUUCUGAAGAUAAAUUACAAAUUCAGUCGGGUCCUUUUUUGGGGAAAGAUUGUGGGAAUCAAAAAUGAUUAUUUCAUAGCUCAGGGGGUUGGAGAGGAUGAAUUGAGCAGAACGUGUCUAUACAGUUUUAACUGCAUGGAUUGGCACUUGCUCCCUCCUGCCACUGAGGCUAUGAUAGGAGAGGUGGCAGUGGCAGUAAAGGGGCGUUUCGUGGGUGACCCGUCACAUGAAUAUGAGCAUACGGAGAUCCAGAACCACGGCGAGGGAGACGAGACUCUGGAAGACGUUGUCACGGUGAAAGUGAAUGAAGAGAAGAGGUUGGCUGUGACAGUAUAUACCAUUGAUAAAGAGGUGUCUGUCGUACCACGUGGCGCGUGCAUUAAGAGCCCUCAUGGCACUGUACAGAUUAACAACAGCUUCAAGGGCCUGACACCCUCUGAGGCAGCUAAAUUAAGUAACUACCUCCACUUCUCUGAGCCCAGGACACCGAAGACAAAAUCCAUUUUGGAAAUGGCUGAUCUGAACCCCUGCAUCGACUUCCUGGAUCCUCUAAGUGAAGACAAUCCCAAAGGGUCAUGGAGCAUGCAGUCUGAACAGGGCGCCACAGUGUGUGUGAUACGAAGUCUGCUGUGGCUCGGCCUGACCUUCUUCCACAUGCCAGCAACCCCAAUGCAUGGCUACAUCUACAUGGGACAUGGACUCAAGAACUUGGACCUGACAUUCAUGCUGUAGGGGGAGAAUGAACCCCAAAGGGCAAACCUAGUAGGUCCAAACAGCAAUGUAAAUUCAGAGAACAUUUCAUGACUUUAUUUUUUGUAAUCUUCUUUACUGUAAAUGAAAACUGAGGGCAGAUAAAGCAAACAUUGUUCAACAUUCUCAAAGAGAAAGUGUGUUACCAUGUUUCUGUUUAAGGAGGGUAUGAUAAUGUAACACGCUGCCUUUGUCAGCAGUGCAGGCACCGCUCCCCUCCACAAACACACACAAAACAGAUGCUUCUUUGAGGUAUUGAGAAGAAACUAUUAUUUGGGACAUCUGCUUUUGAUUUAGGAACAUUAUCACUGAAGGUUUAACAGUAACCUAGGUGAAAAAAGCACAUUGAUUCAGUUCCAGGUAGUCUUUCCAAAUUCAGGAACCUCAGAGAACCCAGCUGUAACUGAUGUCAGUUCUUUUAUGUUCAAAAUGUAAGUUAAAUUUGUAGAGGACUUGGUUCUCUUUCUGGUCUUCACUAGCACUGAUGAGAGCUCAGAUUUCUUGCUGUUCACACCCCAUCUGUGUAACAAUGAAGUAAGUGUAGCUUUUUAAAGAUGACCUCAUAAAAACUGCUGUUUUUUUCAUAAAGCAAAUAAAAGAGAACAAAAACCA